UGUUAUAGACCAUUCACAAGUUUAAUGCAUAUCUAAGCUCUUGAAAAGAGAGAGAGAAAAAGAAUCCAAAAGAAAAGCCCACAUUCUGUUCCUUUCAAUUCCUUAGUAAUACCAAAUCUGUCAACUUUUGUAGCCUCUCACUCAAUCUCUUCUUCCUUCUCAAAGAAUUUUCUCUAGAUGAGGCCUUCUUUGUUAGUCUCUAGUCUCCUACUUUUGUCCUUUCUCAUUUCUCAGGCUCAAGGAAUACGCUUAGGAAAAGGAUUUGCAUCAUUUGAGCAUCAUAAAAUCCAUGAAGGCACCCUCAUCAGAACAAGUAAUGGAGGCGUUGGAGAUGUUAUUCUCUGCAAAGAUGGGCAUUAUUCAGGGAACUGUAGAAAACUUAUGACGACAAAGACCACUUCUAGUACUAUCAACACUUCAAAGACUGUCAACAGUGGAGGGAACAGAGCUGACCCCAUGUCCCAGGGCAAAUCGAGUAGUGAACAGCUUGGCGGGAAAGAAGAAAAUUUCUCCAUUAACCCUUCACCUGUUACUGAGCACCGGCAAGGAUCCACCGAGCACUAUCCGGAUAUUUUAGACAUAGCAGGGAUGGAUUAUUCUCCGGCAAGGAGAAAAACUCCUAUACACAACUGAGAGUUUGAAGAAAAGGAGUAGCUUUAGAAAGAUGAGAAGUAAUAUAAGUACUUGGACAGCAUUACAGAAAUGCUGCAAUUUUUUAGGGUUAGGAAGAUCUUUGUACAUGGUAUAGUCCUAUAUUAUUCUUACAUUAAUUGUUAUUUGACCAUUGUUAUAUGGAAAUUACAUCAAAUAAAAUCAGUUUAUUGUAUUUAACCUA